CGCGCGUCCCGCCUUGCGCAAUCAAUAUCCUUCUCUUUUUUUUUUUUUCGGGGGCAGGGGUUUGUUAUUCUUCACCGGGGGCAAAAAGAAAGAUAGAGUGCCUAGAUAUCACGCAUAAAUUGGCCCGGAUCCGCAUUCUCUCAGGCCUUCUCGAGUCCCUUCUUUCCCCUUCACCGCGACCACCAGGCUCAAGACCGUCCUGCCAUCUUUUGUCGAGUCUCCUGUGUUUCCCCUUGAAGCGCCAUUCACUUGUGUGCUUCCAUAGAUACGUUUCGCUGUAUCUAUCUAUAAUAUCCAUUCUUGUUUAUUCUUGGGAACUAAAAGACAACCGUCAACAAAAAUGAAGACUUCGGCCCUUCUCGCCACGGCGCUCCUUGCGCUCGGUGGCUUUGCCAACGACCCGCUGACGGAGGACAAGGUCGAGGCGGACAUCACGACCCGGGAGCUGCAGAACAACCUGUGGCACCUGAACAAGAUUGCUCGCGACAAUGGUGGUAACCGCGCCUUUGGUCUGCCGGGUUACGCCGCCUCCAGCGACUACGUCAUGGAGCGUGCGCAGACUAGGUUCUACAAGCAGAUGGACACCUACAAGCAGUACUUCAACCACACCUUCGAGCAGACCCGCGAGAUCAAGCUGACGGGCCCUGAUGGUGUCGACGUCUACGUCCUGACCCUGCUCUACAACCACCCCACCCCGGCCGGCGGCAUCACCGCGGAGCUGAUCGACACCCCCGUCAACGACGCCACCGGCUCGGGCUGCCUCGAGUCCGACUGGACCGGCAUCGACGCCACCGGCAAGAUUGCCCUCGUCAAGCGUGGAACUUGCGCCAUCUCAGACAAGCUCAAGCUCGCCAAGGCCCACGGUGCCCUUGCUGUUGUGCUGUACAACCAGAACCCUGGCACUCCUGUGUCGUCGGCAACUCUUGGAAUGGUGACAUAUGACAGUGCUGAGAACAUCGGCCUGCUGGUGCCGGUUGCCACCACGAGUUUGGAGGUUGGAACCGAGUGGAAGUCGCGCCUCGCUGCUGGCGAGUCCCUGACCGUCACCGUUCUGGUCGACUCCAUCUUUGAGACCCGCGAGACGUGGAACAUCAUCUCGGAGACCAAGGAAGGAGACCCCAACAGCGUUGUUGUUCUCGGUGCCCAUCUCGACUCGGUCCAGGCCGGCCCGGGUGUCAACGACGACGGCUCCGGAACCACUGCUCUGCUCGAGAUCAUGGGUUCAGUCAAGAAGUACAGCGGCUUCAAGAACAAGCUCCGUUUCAUCUGGUGGGGAGCCGAGGAGGCUGGUCUUAUCGGUUCCAACUUCUACACUUCCCCUGGCCAGAUGAGCGAGGAGGAGGCCGACAAGAUCCGCUUCUACGCCAACUUUGACAUGAUCGGCUCUCCCUUCCCCGAGUUCGUCGUCUACCAGGACCCCGACUUCCUCGAGGGCAGCGCCGUCGGCUCGCAGUACCUGGCCGACUACCUGACCGCCAACGGCAAGACCGCCACCUUCGAGUCCUUCGCCACCAACAGCGACUACUACGGCUUCCUGCAGCGCGGCAUCGCCGCCACCGGCAUCUUCACCGGAGCCGGCGCCCCCACCGACCCCUGCUACCACCUGGCCUGCGACAACCUCGACAACAUCAACUGGGACGCCCUGACCGUCAACGCAAAGGCCGCCGGUCGUCUGGCCGCCCGCCUGGCCCUCAGCCUCGACGGCAUCCCGCCCCGCCAGAAGUCCAGCCCGGCCAAGAGGGACGCCAGGGCCAUCAGGAGGGAGUUCCAGCGCUGGGCUGCCGUCGAGGAGCAUGCCUCGCACGCCAAGUCUUGCUCGCACAAGUCGGACAACAGGAUCUAGAAUAUUUUUCUGUGUUGUCGUUCUUUUUGUGAGCGUGUUUAUGGGCGAGGGUGGGACUGCAUUGGGGCGGAGCGUUGUGUACAAAGAACGAGUUAGGAUGCAUGUAGAUGAGAUUAAUAAUGAUGAUGAUAG